CUUCUCAUCAUCUACAUUUAAAGCACACACGCGUACGGAACAUAAACGGGUCCCAUCAAGUCCAUCUCGCAUCUAUAGCCCCGUUCCCCUUCAAGCUGCUACUACCAUGGCCUACAUGCGUCCCGCGUCAGCAGGCAGUGGUGCGGCGCCUUCGCCCUCGUCCGAGGGCUCUUCAGAGCAAGCCUCCCCGCCGUCUCCCGGAAACAACCCGCUCUCUGUCGGAUCCGACGCAGGCGAGAGCCCUCGCAGUGCCCGCACACCACUACAGCCCGCGACAGAUAUCACGCGUAGUGCCUCCGGAGGUCGAGGCGGCUGCUGGACCUGCCGAGUACGACGCAAGAAAUGCGACGAGCAACGGCAGGGUGACUCAUGCCAGACCUGCAUACGCCUCAAAAUUACGUGCCUUGGCUGGGGCGCAAGAAGGCCAGACUGGAUGCGGGACAAGCAAGCUGUUGAAGCAUACAAGGCAGAUAUCAAGGCUCAGCUAUCUAGAGCUGGAUUGAUACGGGGACAGCCCCGCCUGCCCAGGAAUCAGUCCUCGUCGCCCGCCUCUUCACAGCCUUAUGAUCUGCCAGGCGUGGCCGGUCCUGGACCCAGUUCGCUGCCCGUAUCCGCGGGAUUGCCUAUGGAUUCACCCCAUGUCUAUGUGUAUGACCCUCCGCGUGUGACAUCCCCAUCGGGCCUUCCCGAGCACAUGGAGAAUCUAUCUUAUCAAGACCCUUCGUAUCCGUCCGCAUCUUACGAUGGAUCGUCGGUUUACCUGCCGUCCGCUGCCUCAUACCCACGACCCCAGGAGUCAAGCAUGCUCGGCUUGAUCGAGCCGCAGGUAUCUUACGACACAAUCAGCGUGGCCUCGAUGUCGCCGCUAGAAUACCCAGAACAAUUACAACCAGCCUAUAAUUCGCCGAUCGACCAGAACGAGGUCAACCAGCAGCACGUACUCUACUACUUCGAGCACGUUCGGAGGAUGCAGUACAUAUUCGCAGGCGAAUCCGUCGUCGAAGCCAUACAUAAUCUCAUAAUCCGCGACCCUCACGGGGCUGUGACCAACGCUGUGUGCGCCCUCGCGAGCCUUCACUACACUCGUCUGCGCGUCCCCCGCCCUCCCGUAGCUGAUCGGGAGGCAGAGCGUGCGACCGUUCAUUUCUACGAGCAGUCCUCACAGCAUCUGCGGAAUUCGCUGCAAGUCCAUGGCCAAUAUACCGAAUCCGACGCGGUCGCGGCUCUGCAACUCGUUAGCUUCUCACUAUUCUCGGCGGGCUCCACUCAAUGGCGACCAAUGCUCGACAUCGCCUGCGAGUGGCUCGCCCAGACCGGCAUCAUCGUCGAUGAAGAUCCAAAACUCACUCUCCGGAAUAUGACGUCCGCUAGCCGCUUCGCGGCGAAGGCGACCAUGUGGCUGGACAUCUUCUCCAGCAUCACCGACCUCCAGCCGCCACGCUUCCUGCCGCUGUACCGCCGCCUGUUCUCCGGUGGUGCAGGAUUUUGGGCCCGAUCUCGUCGUUAUGCCGACGAUCCGCUGCUGUACGACAUGUCGAUGGAGUCCCUCACCGGCUGCCCGGACGAGGUCAUGCUCGCCAUCGCCGAGGUCUCUGCGUUGGCGCACUGGAAGACGCAAGAGCAGCAGAACGGCACGUUGAGCGUCAGGGAGCUCAUCCGCCGCGGCGACCUCAUCGAACAGCAGCUCAAGCGCAAGUCGGAUGCGUUGUCCGACUCGCCCGUCGACCCCCGUAUGCCAUCCGAGCGGCGGCCGUCUCUGCCUGGAGGACAGGUUCCCCUCGCUCACUCCCCCAUCGCUAACACGGUGUCUCCUGCUUCGACCUUCCCGUCCGAAGACAUGCGCCGCGUCACCGCUGAGAUAUACCGUGAGACGGUCGUUCUCUACCUUCACACCGUCUUAAGCGACUGCAAUCCUGGUGUCCCAGAGAUCAUGCAGCAGGUGUCGUGCAUCGUACAACUGCUCACUCAACUUCCACCGAGCGAAGCCGACCGCUCGCUUAUUUUCCCGCUGUGCUUGGCCGGGUGUCUCUCGGACGACCCGACACGACGCACCUGGUUGAGAGGCAGGAUGGAGGGGCACAAGGACACCAUCGGAAACGUGUAUCAAGUCAAGAACAUGAUGGACCGCGUCUGGCAGAGGCGAGACAGCCACGGCGGACCAGUCGAUUGGCGAGACAUCAUGAGAGAACAGGGGUGGAGUCUCCUUUUAGUCUAAAACAUGGAUUGCGCGCUUCGCUUCCCUUCUUUUUCGCAUCGCUUCUGAGAAUGUUUGCGUUAUACGUACGAACUACAUACAUACAGCCGGUUGAUCAUACGGGCAGUAACGUUCUUUGGUGCCCAGCAUACGGCGGGUCGCACAAACGAACGAUUGUACCAUACUACAAGGGUGUUCUAGAUACGGUCCGAGACGAGUUGCAGCUCAACUAAUCAAUAUUGUAAUACUCGCGGGACCGGUACUCGCCGCGAUUCU